GUACACGGUUUAACUCCGUUUACGCUUGACAGUAAUAUGUUGCACUUUCUGUGCAAAUUCACUUUACUUGUUGACUUAAAUAUUUAUCAUGAUUAAUCGAAGCUCCACGCUGUAUCCGCGUCGAAACCAGAAAGUUUGUGCGCGGAGCAGCAACGUUACUGGGCGUCCGGGGCGGAAGGAGCCAGCGGCCUCCGGGGAGAGCCGUGACCGCCGACAGCUGCAGGUGAGCCGGCAGGGCUGCGGGGAGGCCCCCCGGAGCCGGAGCGAAGCCCCCAGACCUCCCUCACAUCUGCAGACUAAACCAGCGCUCCUGCACAACGCGAGACAACAACGCGCCAGAGAGGCGACUACAGAUGACCCACCAAAGAUAGUCGGCCAAUCCAUUAACAGCAGCCCUCCAGAUUCCACAGGAGGAAGUAAGAGUCUGCCAGUUUGCCGCAGCCAAGCUGGAAGAGGAGCAGAUAUCGUUUCCCUGAGGAAGCAUCUGGGCCACGCCAGGCGUUUGGCAUCAGCAAUUAAGCGGGGCCAGAGCUACUUCCACCUCCUGCAGAAAGAGGAACAGGAGGAGAGGGCGGAGGAGGAGAGGCAGCGGAUGAGGAGGGAGGAGCAGCUCCGAACAGAGCCACGACCUCCCAGUUUCUCCUCUGACUCCGACAGCGAUUCAGAGGGGUGGCCUCUGCCUGCAGGAACCUGCUGGUCAGGUGCGGACGAGGUGCGGCGACGCAGGAAGAAGAGCCAGUCAGCACAACCUUUCAUCCCUGCCCGUCACUCUCUGAUGUCCCCUCUGCUGAGUGAAGCAUCAAGGGAGGUCAUCUACCGCCAGCUCUGCUGUCUAAAUUGGCUGCUGGAGGCCUUGACUCUGGAUCGCUCCAGCAGAGUCGGCCCGCUCGCUGCCUGCUGGGACCCCAAAGACCCUGGCCGAGGCAGGACCACGAUAAAGACGCUGAAGAGAGAGAGAGCGCCAUUGAGAAACAAAUGGGAGCAGUUUGUUUCAGCCAAGCCUCGGAGAGCUCUUCCCAGGCGCCCUCGCAGCUCCUCUGCUCGCCUCCUCCUCACCCACAGGACGUCGUCCCUCUCGGCCCUCACCUCCACCACUGUGGGCAGCAGAUUGUCCUCUCUGGUCCUCUCAGCUGCUGAGGAGGACACAGCGUCCCCCGGAGCAGCAGAGGAGACGGAUCGACCUCCUUCACAGUGUCUUCACACAUUGUCCAAUGUCCACCAGAAAGUAAAGACGGAGAUCCAGCGCUCACAAACCAGCAGUUUGACAGCGUCUGAGUCCAAACAACAGCCGUCACCUCAGAGGACGGACAACCAAACUGGCUCCAAGACGGCAAAGAGUUCACAGCCCAAAAGCUGUCCUGCCAAACCUCCAUCAGACAUCAACCAUCUCAUCAGCAACAAGACCAGCAUGCUGCAGGAGCUGAAAGCUGCCUUUAACAAAAGAGCUGAGGAGAUGUCUCAGAGUUACAUCGGUGUCCUGGAGCUCAAAGCCAGAGAGAGGUUAAACAACGGCCUCCAGAGGUAUCGGGCCCAGUGUCACAUGACCGAAUCCCAUGGCCUCCCUCAUCACGUGACCCGCGUGUCCCAGGAGACAGAGGCUCCAGACAGCAACAAUAACAACAAGCGCAGCAACAAUAUGUGGCUGUCCGCUCUGCUGAGCAGGUUUCCAGUGGAGGUGUGCAGGGAGGGAGCGGUGAGCCGGGUGCUGCAGAAGCUGAGUGGUUUUGCAGAGCAGCAGACCCUCAGGGUUCAACCUCAGGUCUUCCUGAAGGUGCUGGGGGGUCUGGAGCCGUGGGAGCUCUGUCUGCCUGAGCUGUGUGUGGCCAUCCAGAUUGCCAGAGAGCAUGUGGUCCAGAUGUCCCGGACGGAGUACGAUACCUGGUUGCGUUCAAGGGUCACUCUGCCUCCACUGUACCACCGUGCCCCCCAAACACCAGAUUCCACCCGUCCAUCCAUCCAGUCCUUUGAGAACAUGUUCACGCCUGUGCGAGUGUAUCAACAUCAUAUCCCCCCGAUCCUCCUCACUUCUCAGAACAGAUUAUGAGCGUUGGAGCUGACUGAAAUGACUUUGAAUUCUCCAAAGCCCCUAACCCCUGGGAACAUACCUGUUCUUGCAAGCCUCAAACG